AUGAAGUUUGUGGACUUUGUUCGUAUCAAAGCAAUAGCAGGAGACGGUGGAGAUGGCUGUGUCUCGUUCCUUCGAGAAAAGUUCUUACCCAAGGGCCCACCAAACGGUGGCAACGGUGGUCCAGGCGGAAACGUGGUAAUCCGCGCUACUCGAGAUGAAACUAGUUUGAAGCAUGUUGGUCAUGUGUGUAAAGCAAAAAAAGGGCAAAACGGAGCAGGUGGCGGGCGAAACGGUAAUGUAGGAGAUCAUCUCGUUCUUAAUGUGCCUAUUGGUACUGUAGUUCGUGAAAUUGAAGUAGAAGAAGAACCAAGAAAAAUGAUAACAAAAGAAGAGAUACAAGCAGAGAAGGAAGCUCGUUGGGUGCUGUAUCCACGAGCUGAGGAUAUUCAGGUGCCUGAAGGGAAGCCUAAUUUCUUCAAACAAGCACAACGCAUGAUGGAUGAAGAAGACCGUUAUUACCGUUGGCGGCAACGCACGAAGAAAGGAGAACCCAUCCAUAUCGAUUUGACGGAAGAGAAUCAGCAAGUAGUGCUUUGCCGCGGUGGCGUUGGCGGACAUGGCAAUCCCUAUUUCUUAACGAGUGAUAAUCGCUCACCAAAAUGGGCUACACGAGGUCGUGCUGGUGAAAUCCGUGAAUUCGAAUUGGAAGUGAAAACUAUUGCUGAUAUUGGGCUUGUAGGGCUACCGAAUGCAGGCAAAUCAACCCUAUUGGGUGCUAUUUCGAAUGCCCAUCCAAAACAAGCAGACUAUUCGUUCACAACUCUUCAUCCUUACGUGGGAACAGUUGAUUAUGCGGAUCAAUAUCAAUUAACUGUAGCAGAUAUACCUGGGCUUAUAUCAGGUGCUCAUCGCAACAUUGGUUUAGGACAUUCAUUUUUGCGACAUGUCGAAAGAGCUAAAAUCUUAGUGUAUGUAAUUGAUAUCAGCAGAUCCUCGCCUAUCGAUGAUUUGAAAACGUUACAAUAUGAGUUAAAUGCUUAUAAAUCGGGACUGACAGACCGACAAUCCCUAAUUGUUGCGAAUAAGGCUGACAAAGUUGGUACAGCAAAAAAUAAUCUUGAACAGCUUCAAGCACACGUUAAAGGAUCUAUUCCUAUUGUACCAGUAUCGGCAAGAUAUGAAAAGAAUGUACUCAAGCUAACAUCUGUGUUACGUAAAGAAGUUGAACGCAUUAGAGCGAUAGAAAUCGAAGAAGCAAGAAAGCUAGAAGAAGCUAAAGAAGAUGAUGAAUUGGUAUAA